CACCGGGAGGCGGGUCCGGCCCGGGGGCUGGGCCACCGCCGGGUUAAAGGCUGCUCCUUCCCGGGCCGCUGCUCCCGCCUCCGCACCCUGGCCCCGCAGUGAUGGCCUCGUCGCCACUCCUGCCGGUCCUGCCGCCCCUGUUCUUGCUGCUGCUGCUGCUACUGCCGCCGGAGGUCCCCGCGGCGGUGCGGGCGUCCCCGCUGAGGACACUCCCCGAGGGGGCGGCCGCCUGCAAGGCUGGGGGCCUGUGCCUGCCGGUGCCCCUCAGGAAGUCACAAGCACCUCCUGUCAAUGUAAGCCUCUACUACGAGGCGCUGUGCCCCGGCUGCCGGGCCUUCCUGGUCCGAGAACUUUUCCCGACCUGGCUGAUGGUGCUGGAGAUCCUCAAUGUCACACUGGUGCCCUACGGAAAUGCCCAGGAACAGAAUGUCAGCGGCCGGUGGGAGUUCACCUGCCAGCACGGGGAGCAGGAAUGCAAGCUCAACAAGGUGGAGGCCUGCCUGUGGGACCAACUGGAGAAGGAAGCAGCCUUCCUGACCAUUGUCUGCAUGGAGGAAAUGGAUGACAUGGAGAAAAAUCUGAGACCGUGCCUGGAGAUCUAUGCCCCAAAGGUGUCCCCGGACACCAUCAUGGAGUGCGCAAUGGGGGACCGGGGCAUGCAGCUUUUGCAUGUCAAUGCCCAGCUUACCGAUGCCCUGCAGCCGCCCCACGAGUAUGUGCCCUGGGUCGUCGUCAAUGGGAAACCCCUGAAAAAUCCAAGUCAGCUCCUAAGCCUCGUGUGCCAUCUGUACCAGGGUGAGAAACCAGACAUCUGCCAACCUAUGGCCAGCUCCCAGAGGGAAGUCUGCUUCAAGUGACAGCUGGUAACCUGGAAGGGACCUGCUGGAGGAAGAGCAGGAGCGCACCUGUCCCUGCUUGUCCCGUCCCUGACUCUCAGCAGCCCCUGCCUACCAUCCAGAUAACUUCUACACAUUCCAUGAAAGCCCAGACUCAGACUCCUGCCCCAGGAUCAAGCAUCUUGCCCCACUGAGAAUGGUGCUACAUUGAAAUGAGUUUAAUAAACACCUCUGGAUUUUGUGAUUCA